GUGCAGGUGAUGGAGACUCGCAAGACGAAGCUCGGAGCAGACCAUCCAGACACGCUAACUAGCAUGGCCAACCUGGCGUCGACAUUUAGGAACCAAGGCCGAUGGGAGGAGGCGGAGAAGCUAGAGGUGCAGGUGAUGGAGAUUCGCAAGACGAAGCUCGGAGCAGAGCAUCCAGACACGCUGACCAGCAUGGCCAACCUGGCGUCGACAUUUUGGAACCAAGGCCGAUGGGAGGAGGCGGAGAAGCUAGAGGUGCAGGUGAUGGAGACGAGCAAGACGAAGCUCGGAGCAGACCAUCCUUCCACGCUGACCAGCAUGAACAACCUAGCUUUCACAUGGAAAUCACUCGGCCGGACUGUAGAAGCUAUACAUCUGAUGCAGCAGUGUGUACAACGGCGUGAACAAGUGCUAGGAGCUAGUCACCCGCACUACUUGUCUUCCCUGCUAGUCCUGGAGCAAUGGGAAGGAGAG